AUGCUUGGCAAUUCCUAUGGAUCCCAUAAUCUCACAAUACGAAAGCACGCAUGCAGGCUGCGAUAUAUAUUGCAUCAGCUUAAUAGCGGUCAACUUUCAAUGGAUAAUCUCAAGAAGAAUCUCGAAUAUAUGACUUUGCUUUUGGAAACUGAGUAUAUGGAUGAAACGAGACGCAUCUGUGAUGAAGAGAAUGAUUUGGCCGAUGUUAAACCGGAAGUAGUUUCCGAUGAAGUGCGUAAAUGGCUUGCGGCAACAUUUACAAAGCAGUCGGUGGAUUUAAAACGUGAAAAACCGAAACUUAAAUCGGUAGCUAAUGCCAUACUUACAGGAAUUUUUUUUGAUAAGAUGUUCCGGAAGUCGCAGGUACUUCUCGUUUCAUUACCACCAGAUAUUGUUGCGUUGAUGAAGAAUCUGAAUAGCUGGUCAUUUGAUUGCUUCCGAUUGAAUGAAGUAUCAGAAGGACAUGCGCUGAAAUAUGUUGGCCUAGAACUUUUCAGCCGGUAUCGUUUCCUUGACCGCUAUAAGAUCCCCGUGCAAACACUCGAGAAUUACAUUGCGGCCUUGGAAGUAGGAUACAGUAAACACAACAACCCGUACCAUAACAUCAUCCACGCUGCUGAUGUGACCGCCUCUUCACAUUUCAUGUUGUCACAGACUGGCUUUGCUACAAGCUUGUCAGAUCUAGACACGUUAGCAGUUAUAUUUGGUGCCAUGAUACAUGAUUAUCAGCAUACGGGCCACACAAACAACUUCCACAUCCAGGCCGGAUCGCAUUACGCAUUGCUAUAUAAUGAUCGAAAUGUUCUGGAAAAUCAUCAUAUCAGUGCAUCCUUUCGUUUGCUGAAAGAAGACGACAAAAAUAUCAUGAAAAGGUUAACCAGAGAAGAAUUCAGAGAACUGCGCAAUUUGUUGAUUGAAAUCGUACUCGCAACAGAUAUGUCAAGUCAUUUCGCACAAAUUAAAACCAUGAAAGCAAUGUUAUCAUCGCCUGAGGGUAUUGAUAAAACUAAAGCUAUUUGCCUCAUUGUGCAUGCUUGUGAUAUAUCACAUGCCUCGAAACCGUGGGAAUUGCAUUCCCGAUGGACUGAAGGCGUUCUUGAGGAAUUUUUUCGCCAGGGUGAUCUUGAAGCCAGCAUGGGUCUGCCGUAUUCGCCUCUUUGUGACAGAAAUACUGUGCAUGUUGCUGAUUCACAAAUCGGAUUUAUUGAUUUUAUUGUUGAACCGACAAUGAUCAUUUGUGGGGAGAUGUUGACGAGAAUAAUUGAACCACUGGUACCGUUACGGUCAUCAAAUACUUUUCUGCUGUCCGAGAAUUCUGAUUCAUUAUUACCAAGUGUCGAUAUUACCCAGGAAUCAGAAACGGGAAAUACAAGCUAUAAUGAAAGGAAUAGUUCAUUUCGUUUCUUACCGUUAAAUCAAGCGGGAAAGUUGGAAAUACCAACACCAUGGAUGGAAUUCAUGCAGGAGAACAAAGAUCGAUGGAAAAAACGGGCUGCCAAAGAAGAAGAUGAAAGGAAGAAAAGCCAAGCAAUCGCUGCCAAAUGAUGGAAUCCUCGAAGGAAGUCACAAAAUUGACAUUUGCAUUUUGAUUUCAACAUUUCAAAUGUCAUUUUAGGGAAGCAUUGAAUGGUUUGCAAAAGUGUGUCAUCUUGGCGGUGCUACUUUGAAUUUUCCAAUGA